AUGGCUUCCUAUAUGAAUAAAGCUGAAGUUGAGGCACAUGCCGAAGAAUUAUCUAUUUUUGAACUUCCACGUACAUUCACUUCUGUGGAAAAAAUCUAUUAUGAGGACACGAGACCCACAUCUCAGAUCACCACAGAAAACAGUCCUGUGGAGUUUAACGUUUAUGGACAAGGCAUCGAUUACAUCGACCUGAAACGCACCAAACUACACGUCAGAGCUAAAAUCACCAAAGCUGAUGGCAGCAUCUUGACAAAAGAUGAAAAGGUGGGACCCAUCAAUCUAUGGCUCCAGAGUUUGUGGUCUCAAGUGGAUCUGACACUCAAUGGAAAACUUAUCACCACCUCGACCAAUCUGUAUCCUUACAAGAGUUAUCUCAAAGUGUUGCUGAAUGGCACGUCCACAGCCAAGGAAUCGUCCCUGCAAUCUCAACUGUACUACAAAGACACGUCUGAUGAUAUAGACAGUUCAGAUCCUGUAACAGGCAUCAAUUCGGGACUUAUUAUCAGAGGUGCUUUAUGUGAAACCAGUCACACCGUGGAUAUGGAAGGACCGCUAUAUGAAGACUUUUUAGACAUCAAACGUUAUCUCAUCAAUGGCGUCAAUCUACAGAUCAAACUGUUCCGGACCAGGCCUUCCUUCCAUCUGAUGGCAGGAGAAGAUAAUCCUGAUUACAAAGUCAAGAUCGAAGAUGUGUACCUCAGAGUCUGCAAAGUGCGACCCAAUAUGGCCAUCAUCACGGCCCACGCCAAGACAUUGCAGGACACUGAAGCCAAAUAUCCUUUCACGAGGAGCGACAUCAAAGUGGCCUCCAUACCCAAGGGACAACUCAGUUUCACUUGGGAUCACUUGUUUCAAAAUAAAUGUCCAAACAAAGUUGUGGUGGCACUGGUCUCUGCCGAAGCAGUGAAUGGCAGUUACACCAAAAAUCCAUUUAACUUUGACAUGUACGAAUCGACACCAUUGCCUUAUAUGUGA